AGAAGAGAAGUUGAUUAUUUAAUGCUCUUAAAAAAAUAAUGGUCGAAAGGGUAUUUUAGUCAUCAUAAAAAAUGAAAUGCCCUAUAAAAGGAGGCUAUGGCGGGAUGACAAAGCGUCUGCUUCCACUCACAUUUCACAGUAAACAUUGAGAAAUAGGAAGAACUCGAAAGGAAAAUGAGAGGGAAGACGAAGUUGUGGCUCGAUAACUACGAGACAUUUCUGGAAAAUCGCAACGAGAACGUUCUCAGCGUCAAUCAUCUUAAUCAGAUCAUAAACAUGCACGGAUUUGCGAAACUACAUAGAAGUCCCAAGGAUGUUUUGGCAAAUUCGAUUGGCACAAUCAAUCUGUUAGUCCCUUUCCGAUCGACACUGGAACUGAAAGACACAGUUUCACCUUAUGCUUUCCUUAAGACUGAGGAAGUGAUUCAAGAUCUCUCCACACUGGAGUGGCAGGAAUGUUUAGUUCAAUCUGUGGAAACAGUGAGAUCAGGGAAAGGGAAACCUGAAUUAAUCCUUGAUCAAUGCACGAAUUGUACCUCUUCCACAAUUCGUGAAAGCGUUGGAAAAGUGAAAGCAGGAAGGAAGCGGAAAUUCGUGAAUGUGAACAACGGGGAAAAAUCUCUAGCUCUUGCUCGUGCCGCUCCUCCAUCUUCCACUCAUUUAUCGCGGGGAUAGUGUUAAAUCAACAACUAUUGAGAUUUCAAGAAGAAGAAGUUUUUGUCCACAUAUCAGUCUUCCAAGUUGGCGGGAGAUUUGAAAACUAAUUCAGGUGGGUACUUUCAAAUCCAAUUUUGGCUUUGGUUUUAACUCCUCAUAUGCAAUACUGUGAUCGAUAGAUUAGCUUUUUUGUAAUCCAUUGGCACGUACAGUAUAAUACAGCAAUAUAUCAGUUUAUGGUUCACGAAAA